AUGAAGGUUGUGAACAACACGCCCACUCCCAUAUUUUACAAUUCAUUCGACGAGGUUCCAAAGGACUGCAAAGGAAAUCCAACGCUACCACUCCUGAAUGCAAACUACAUGCCUACCAUCUCGGUGGAAGAGAGCGGCACCACUGCUCACUUGAAUCUCGUCUUCAAGAGUGGAACUGCUUGGCUUCAAAUUCCCUUCGUAUCUGAGCUUUCUGCUAACGACAUGUCGGGUUGGGUUUACUCCAUCGCCAUCAAUUUGAACUUUGCAGGAAUCUCUCAUGAUGACCUUGUCGCGGGGAAGGCUGUACCCAAGAUCGUAUCUAAGCACCUUGAUCACUUCAAUAGUAGCGGGUUUGCCGUCUCACAACUGUUCCUCGAUUUCAACAGUGUCGAUCUCAUGGGAUUCGAUCCAAUCAAAACGACGACUGGUAAUCAUGCGAUUGGUACCUCAGAAAACCAAGAAUUUGUCUACUUCAUGCGUGCCUAUUUAGGUUAUCUCCAAAAAAAUCCCAAUGCCAACCCUUAUAUUCUCGGUUACACUAUCUCCCAGACGCCAACUACGGUUGACCCCGACGCAAAUGUCCCCGACUCAUUAAAGCCGAUUGGUCAAACAUUCACCGUGUUCAAGGAUCCAACGACCCCUCAACUCAGCACCAUCAAUUUUAUCCUGAACACCAAGGGUGGACAAGCGAACCAUGGGCCCGGUAGUCACUCGAGUCCAGACAAAGUUCUUACAUUAUCAGGCAUCUUUGAUACGAACUGGAUCACCCCGACGGAGCAAUGCGACGCCAAGAUGGUCUAUAGCACCUUUUCUCUCAUCGAGACUCUGAUCCUGAAGCCCAUUUAUAAGAAGAUUUCAGUCGCAUCUUAUGAUGCCAUGAAGAAAGGCCGCAUACAAGUCAACCCGCCUCCCGAUUACGAGCACGCGGCAUCUUUUGGCCUAUUCGGGCUCUCCUUUACGAUCAGCAAUGCGAACCAAGGAGAUGACCAAUAUGUGAACAUAUACACUGUAAACUUUGUCACUUCUGGGAGUACUGUAAACGUGGUAUUCAAUGGUCACAUGUCUGCUAGAAAGGGGCGUUCGAAAGAUAUGG